GAAAAACAUUCAUUCUUAUCCCCCUCCUCCCUCCUCUCUCUUUAGAAACGCGUUUCAUUUUCAGACAAAGAAUCACGAACAGACGGACAGAAACAGUACUUGUAUGGGGUUUUGAUUUGAGUAUUACCAGGGAUUCGCUUCAUUUCUGAAAAUUUUGGGAGUUUUGUUUCUUUUGAUUUGUGGGUAAGAAUUCAAUUAGUCGGGUAGAAGAAGAAGAAGAAGAAAAAAGGGUCAAACUUUUGCAGGUAUUAGAAUUUUCAGUUUUUAAUGAAUUAGGAAUUUGUUGAAUGAGUUGAAUCUUGCAAAAGGAAAUUGGGGGAGAAUUGGACAUUCAUCAUAAAUGGGUUGAAUUUGGGAUUUUUGUGAGGUUUGAGAUUUUUGUUAUAUAGAAGAGAUAGAAUUGGAUUAAUAAAAGUAGUUUGAAUUUUUAUGGAUCAAAUGGUUAUGAGAGAAAGAGAUUUUGAAGUUGAUCUUGAAAGUGGUGGUACAACUAGCGAAGAAGAGAGAAUAAUAAACCCUUCACUUAGACAAUCAGAUAAUUUGUUAGGUAGGGCGUGGAAUCGGUUUACAAGCAACAAUGAAGGAUUAAUUAUAAGUGAAACACCUGACCCCAUUUCGAGUUCUUCGGAUGGUGCCUCAGAGACUGCAGAAUUAUUGACAGAUAGAAAAGCAGAAGGGGAAGAACAAACAAUGGGGAAUCUGGAGAAGAAAAAAGUCAAGGAAAAAUGUAAGAAGACUAUCUCGAAAAAGCCUCCAAGGCCACCUCGAGGUCCAGCUCUGGAUGCUGUUGAUAGGAAAAUGGUGAAAGAGAUUACUGAGCUUGCUAUCUUGAAAAGAGCGAGGAUUGAACGAAUGAAGGCAAUGAAGAAAAUGAAAUCAGCCAAGGCCGCAACACCUUUCACCAGUAUUUUGGCCAUGCUGUUUACCAUAUUAUUUUGCCUUGUCAUAGUUUUUCAUGGUAUGUUUUCUGGAGAUAGUCCACGUGCGAGCUUGGAGGCACCUCUUCAGUCAGAAGUUGGAUCACCAAAAAAAUUAAUUUCCGUUCAGUUAUACAAAAGCAAAUCAGCUAGACGAGGUGAAGCGCUGGGCUCAAGUUUCUCAGAGUCUGUAGAUAGGAGUAGAGUUACAGAAUGAAAUGGUAGUUGCCAUUGCCGCCUAAAGAUUAAUUGCUAGCUUGCUCUGGUAACUGCUUAUUUCGACCCUCUUUUGCUUAUGUAUAUAUGAAUGUGAUGUGACAUAUGCCAUCCCCCCUGUGUAAGACUCACCCUAGUUAGGGAAACAUUUCCCUUGCACAAUUAUCAGAUUAUAAUUGAGGAAUAUUUCCAUGUACUGCUAGAUACCACAUUCUUUAGAUAAUUUUAUUCAAUCCUAUGCAUCGUAUUAUCUGACAUGAUGAGAAUCCACCUUCACAUGCUAGAAAGGAGCAUUAAUGUAGGCUCCAAAUGAUGUUGAUUUCUAGAACAGUAAAAUCCUUUCAACGUUUUCCUCCUCCGCCUCUUAAAUUCCCAUGCUCCAGUUUAAUCCAUCAACUUAUCAUACUGCAAUGACAUCUUGAACUUCUUGGUUAAUAUAACUGUAUUAUAUUCUUCUGAAGAAUACAGCGAUAAUUUUCUUAAAUUGAAUUUUAGCUUCAUAGAAUAAUCAUCACAUUGAUUGGUGUCUUUGUAAGUGAAACAAACAAAGAAAAAGAAUCUUCUUUUACGAAAAUUUCCUUAACUUGUAAGAGAGUCAUUAAAGUAGAACUGCAUUCAAAAAGUUUGAACAGUUUAUUGUCAGCCUGGAUCUAGUCGACCAACG